AUGGCGCCUAAGAAAAAAAACAAUAAGAAGGCAGCUGAUGACUGGGAGGCAGAGCUGGGUGAGACGCCAAAAACUGCGGCCGCACCAGAGACCAAAGAUGAGCCGGCCGAAGCAGAUGCUGAGGAGGAACUUCCAGCUGGUGGUUUGAUGGCAAUGAUGCGCAAGAGACAAAAGAAAAAGAAGAGCAAACAAGCAGAUGAAGACCUCGUUGAAGGAGAGGAUCCACCUGCCGAAGAGCUGCCCGAUCUGGCCGAAAAGGCUCCCGUGGAGGCCUCGAUAGAGGAUGAGUUCGCGAUACCGGAUAAGAAGGGGAAGGGAAAGGGCAAGGCUCCAUCUGCGUCUGCGGAACCUGCGAAGGAGGAUGAUGAGGAUGAUGAGCGAGGGGCAGAUGGGAAGGUUUUGACCAAGGCACAAAAGGAAAAGCUGAAGAAGGAGCGAGAGAAGCAGCGGAAGAAGGAGAAUGCUGCAAAGAAGAAGACUUCCGCUCCAGCAGCAAAGGCACCUGAAGCGGCGAAGCCAGUUGCUGAAAUCAAGACCGAAGAGCCUACCACUUCGAAACCUGCUGCGGGUGGCAAGGGGAAAAAGUUGCCUGCUGCAUUAGCAAAGCUACAACAACAACAAGAGGAAUUAAAACGACGGCAAGAGGAGCAAGCUAGGAUCGCAGCUGAAGAAAAGGCAAGGAUUGAGGAGGAAGAGCGUAGGGAAGCAGAGGAGGAAAAGCGGAGGGAGGAAGCUAAGGUUUUGAAGAAGCAAAAGGAAAAGGAGAGGAUCGAUCAGCAAAAGAGAGAAGGCACAUAUCUCACCAAAGCUCAACGAGAGGAGAAGCUUCGAAAUGAGAUGAAGUUGAAGCAAAUGAUUGCGGCUGGAGUCAAGGUUGGAGGUCUUGACGGAGAUGAGAAGAAGAAGAAAGCUGUUUAUGACAAUAAGAAGAAGAAGGGAGGCCGCAAGAAUCCAGAAGAAGCCAAGUUGGACGAAGAGAGAGCUCUUGCCGAGGCAGCUCAGCGAGCCAAAGAAGAGGCAGAGCGCAAGUUGGCAGAAGCUGCCGCGAAGGCUGAAAAGGAGGCGGCUGAGGCUGCCGCUGCCGCUGCGAAAGCAAAUGAGGAGAGUGAUCUUGAUGAUGACUGGGAAAAAGCAGCAGCCGAUUCCGAGGAUGACGUUAAAGAUAGCUGGGAUGCUGACUCAGAAGAGGAAGGAGAGAAAUCUGCUGCCAAAAAGGCUGCUGUCGCAAAUGGCCAAACAGAAUCGACAAGCCUUCCCUCACGGACCAAGAAAAGCGAAGAGUCUGAGUCUGAGUCAGACUCGGAUGAAUCAUCAGAAGAUGAAGAGGUAUCUGCGGCCCAGCAAGCGGCAGCCUUAAGAAAGAAGGAGGCUGCCGAGAGACGGGAGAAGCAACACCAGGAAGCCAUGGCGGCUCGAUCAGCAGACAACCUCCGAUCGCCCAUCUGCUGUAUUCUUGGGCACGUCGAUACUGGUAAGACCAAGCUUCUUGACAAGAUUCGACAAACCAAUGUGCAAGAGGGCGAAGCUGGAGGUAUCACACAGCAGAUUGGUGCUACAUACUUCCCUGUUGAGGCUAUCAAACAAAAAACCCAAGUCGUCAACAGAGACGAUAGCUUCGAGUUCAAAGUUCCAGGUCUUCUGGUUAUUGACACACCUGGUCACGAGUCUUUUUCCAAUCUACGAUCCCGUGGUUCAUCUCUCUGCAAUAUCGCCAUUCUCGUUGUCGACAUCAUGCAUGGUCUCGAGCCCCAGACAUUAGAGUCGAUGAAGCUGCUUCGGGAUAGGAAAACUCCUUUCAUCGUCGCCCUUAACAAAAUUGAUCGUCUUUACGGCUGGAAGAAAGUUGACAACAACGGUUUCCAAGAGAGUCUGGCUUUGCAGAACAAGGGUGUUCAGAAUGAGUUUGCAAAGCGCCUGGCCGAUACGAAAGUCGCUUUCGCCGAGCAAGGCUUCAACUCCGAGCUGUACUACGAAAAUAAGUCCAUGUCGAAAUUCGUCUCCUUGGUUCCUACAUCAGCCCACACUGGUGAGGGUAUUCCCGACAUGCUCAAGUUGAUUGUUCAGCUCACCCAGGAGAGAAUGGUUGGCUCACUCAUGUACCUGUCCGAGGUCCAGGCUACCGUGUUGGAAGUCAAGGCGAUCGAAGGCUUUGGUAUGACGAUCGAUGUUAUCCUGUCAAACGGUAUUCUUCGAGAGGGUGAUCGGAUCGUCCUAUGUGGUGUGGACGGAGCUAUUACCACCAACAUCCGAGCUCUGCUGACCCCUGCGCCACUGAAAGAACUUCGGCUCAAAUCUCAAUAUGUUCACAACAAGGAAGUCAAAGCUGCUCUUGGUGUCAAGAUUAGUGCACCCAAUCUUGAAGGUGCAAUUGCAGGCUCAAGACUCAUGGUCGUUGGUCCUGACGAUGAUGAGUCGGAUAUCGAAGCAGAGGUUGAAUCUGAUCUUGGUGCAUUGUUCAGCCGUGUCGAGAAAUCUGGACGUGGUGUCACCGUGCAAGCAUCAACACUCGGAUCCUUGGAAGCUUUGCUGGACUUCUUAAAGGUGUCGAAGAUUCCCGUGGCAAACGUAGGUAUCGGACCUGUCUACAAGCGAGAUGUCAUCAACUGUGGCACUAUGCUCGAGAAGAACAAGGAAUAUGCCGUCAUGCUCUGCUUCGACGUCAAGAUCGACAAGGAAGCACAGCAGUAUGCAGAUGAGCAAGGCAUCAAGAUCUUUACAGCAGAUAUCAUCUACCAUCUGUUUGAUGCAUUCACGAAGCAUAUGGCUGAGAUCGUUGAGAAGAAGAAGGAAGACUCCAAGCUACUUGCUGUCUUCCCUUGCGUCUUGAAACCUGUAGCUGUGUUCAACAAAACAGGCCCGAUCGUUGUGGGUGUCGAUGUUAUUGAAGGGAAUCUCAAAAUGCACACACCUAUCGCUGCUGUGAAGCAGAACCCAGUCACCAACGUGAAGGAAAUAGUCAGCAUUGGAAGAGUAACUGGCAUUGAACGUGACCACAAGCAGAUCCAAGUUUGUAAGAAGGGACAACCGUCAGUAGCGGUAAAGAUUGAAAUGGGCGGCCAUCAGCCAACCUACGGUAGACAUCUCGAGGAGUCCGAUACUCUUUACUCGCUCAUCAGUAGAGCAAGUAUCGACACUUUGAAAGAGUUCUACCGAACAGAUGUCUCCAAUGAUGAGUGGUUGUUGAUCAAGAAGUUAAAGCCUCUUUUCGACAUCCCUUAA